GUCUGUAUACCGUUAUUGAAAUGUACUGCACAUUUCGCUUAAUUAAAAUUCACUUAGUGUGCUAUAUAAAGUAAAAUAUUAUGUUUCUGGUUAUUUAAAAAACAACCUGCGGAAAUAUUUGUUUUGAAAAGACGGGUGCUUUUUACAGCAAAGGCACUAAAUGAAUAUACGUUAUAUUUUAAAAAUUAAUUGACUUUUUUCGUAUGUUUUUUAAAUAUUAAAGCCUUCUUUAGAGUAUUCGAAAAAAAAAAAAAAAAAAAAAUCUUGUAAGAAUCAUCAACAGUUGAGGACAUGUGUAAAAGGUCUGCAAGAUGGAUUUCCAUGGUAGCAUUUCUGCAGACUUUACUUAUUCGUGAUGUAACAUCCGUCCAUUUAGGAGGUACGCAGGGAACAGAUGAAGUCAGACCCUUUAACAUUCAGGUGAUAGAGCGCGUCAAGAUCCCCGGUGACCCCGGAACUAACGUGCAGGCGCCCGUCAUUAGGCGUAUACACGGUGGUGUCCACAUUGAGACGGCUGAAAUUUCUCAUAAUGGCGCCAUCGGCAGAGAUCAUACAGGACGAGAUUCCCAUACUGACCGCCAGGGUCCAUCGGGCGCUCUAAGAGUCAAUAGUGGCGUCGGGAAUACUUAUGUUGAUUUGCCCGGCCAGGAUGGAAAUGAGUCUUCGUUUCAUAUGGUCCAUAGAGACAUGGGCCAUGGAGUUGGGGAAAUACACGUUGAUCUUCCCGGUCAGCACGGCAAUAAUUCGCCAUUUCCGAUUAUUCAUAGAGUGAAUGACAGCCGUGUUCCGCAUCGAAAUGACAACGCGUUACCGAUGAUCGACAAGGUCAAUCUCUCGCAGGAAAGUCCAGGAGCUAGACAAGACAGCUCCAAUAGCAAAGACAGGCGUGGCUUUGAAAAAACGACCAUAUCUAGCGUCCCAGUUGUUGGAGCGGAGGUGCACGUAGACUUUCCCGGCCAGCACGGUAACAACUCGCUACAUCCGGUUGUUCACCGUAUUGGGUCGUCUCCCAUCAUUGUUGAAGCAGGCCAUGUCCCGAAUGGUGGCAUGCAUGGUGGUCAAAUUGCCCAGCCCGGCCUCCAAGGAAACGACAGCUCACCCGUGGUCUUAAGGGUCGACCAAACGCAGGGAAUAUACCGAAGUAGACAGGACAGUUCCCGUGGCGAACUCCUGCGUGGUUUUGAUAGAGCGACUAUUUCUAGCAUGCCACAUUUUAUAAGAAAGGUACUGCCAAAUUUUAAACGCAAGAUACACAUGGACUUGCCCGGCCAGCAUGGAAACAGCUCGUCAAAUCCGGUUGUUCACCGUACUGGGUCUUCUCCCAGCAUUGUUGAAGCAAAUCAUGGCCUGAAUGGUGAGGACAGAGUGGUACAAAUUGACCAGCCCGGCCACCAUGGAAACGACAGCCCAUCAGUGGUUCAAAGGGUCGACCAAACGCAGGGAAUAUAUCGAAGUAGACAGGACGAUUUCCGUGGCAAACUCUUGCGUGGUUUUGAUAGAGGGACUAUUUCUAGCAUGCCAUAUUUUAUAAGAAAGGUACUGCCAAAUUUCAUACGAAAGGUACACGUGGACUUGCCUGUUCAGCACGGUAGCAACUCGUCACAUCCAGUUGUUCUCCGCACUGUGUCACCUCAUUACACUGAUGAAGCGGGCCUAACCCCGCAUAGUAACGGUAAGACUGUUCAUGCAGAACAGCCCGGCCAACAUGGAAACGACAGCCUAUUACCGGUGGUAAACAUGGUUGAUCGGAUGCAGGGCAAUCUUAGGGUUAAACAGGACAGUUCCGGUGGCAAAAGCAGACGCGGUUCUGAAAGACCGCCAAUUUCAAGCUAUACAGAUUUUAAAGGGAAGGUGCUCAUGGACAUGCCCGCCCAAUACAGAAACAACUCAAAUCCGGUUGCUUACCGUCCUGGGUCCCCUCCUAACAUUGAUAAAGCAGGCCAUGUCCCGCAUGGUGCCAGCAAAGAGAUUAACCUUGACCAGCCCGGCUACCAUCGAAACGACAGCAAUCCGGUGGUUCAAAGGGCCAUCCGACCUCAUGGAAUAACCCAAGGAAGACAGGACAGUUCCCGUGGCAAAAGCAUGCGUGGCUUAGCAAGUUCUAGCGUACAAUAUUUUAGAGGGAAAAUGCCCGUGGACUUGCACAGCCAGCUAGGAAACAACGUGCCACCUCCGCCUCACCGCACGGGAUACUCUCCUUAUACUGAUAAAGCGGGCCUCGCCCCUCAUGGUGGCGACAGGAAGGUUCAUACAGAACAGCUUGGCAAACAUAUCAACGACGGCCCAUUACCGGUGGCCAACAUGGCCGUUCGGCCGCACGGCAGCCCUCAAGGUAAACAAAACAAUUUCCGUGUCAAAAGCAGGCGUGACUUUGAAAGAUCUCCUAUUUCUAGGGUCUCAGAUGUUGGAGGGGAGGUUAACGUAGACUUGCCUGGCCACCGUACUUGGUCACCUCCUUAUAUUAAUGAAACAGAUAACGCUCCGCAUGGUGGUGGCAGGAACGUUGCUGUUGACCAGCCUGGUCAGCAUGGAAACGACAGCGCGUUACCGGUUGUCAACCCUGUCGACCGAUCACAGAGCAGUCUUAUGAAUGGACGGGAAAGUUUUCUUAACAAACGCGGACCGCCAAUCUCUACCUUCCCAGGUAUUCAGCGGUUUCCUCAAACAGAACGUAAACAAGUCAUAUUCGAACGCCGAUUUAGACCACAUUCUUUCAGAGUGCCGAGAUUUCCAGGCAGAAAGUCGAGGCUUAGGAUGCCUACUGAUAUGUUUGCGGAUGAUGAUGAUAAUGAUGAUGAUAUUGAUGAUGAUGAUCGAUGAUGAUGAUGAUGGUGGUGAUGAUGAUGAUGAUGAUGAUGAUGAUGAUGGGAAAACACUUUUAUUAUGUCAAUAUUAAUUUCAUUGCAAAUUACCACAUAGCAGCUCAUUUCAUUAAUUUACGAUAUUUAUCCAAUUUUGGUAUCCUUAGUCCGGUAUACAUGUUCAAUUUUAUUAUUUUGCCAGAUUGAUAUCAUAGUUUCAAAGCUCAUGUUCAUAAAAGUAUACAUUUUUUCAUAAACAUGCAAAAUGACCCGUCGUGGUUAAAAUAUUACGUAAAUCAUCAACUAACAUUGCCAAAAUCGUCUUUCUUAUUGAUAUUUCUCGGUAUAAACAUCUGACCUUGUUAGUUAGCAUGCUUCCGGAAGUUCAACUAUGGCGCGUGCAAACUUGUUGUGACGAAUAUGGUGUUCCAUUCAAGACAUACAUUCUCAAUGACUUAAAUUGUUUAAUAAGUCAAAUUAAACGUUAAUUAAACCAAAUUUCAAUUGUCAGCGGAAGUGCAACCUGUUGCUGAAUACAUGUCUUUGUGUGCUGUGUCACAGAUGAUACUUAUUGAAAUGUUUGCAAUUUGUUCAUGGUGAUAAUAAUAUAAAGAUACUACGCUGACUAGCCUCAUUAUUGGAUAGAAGCUCUGGCAAUACAUUGCCAAAGUUUUGUUAAAAAAUGAAGUCGUUCUCGUUGUUAGCAAGUCCAUGUAUUAUAUAGUUUAUAUAUGUGUUAUAUGUGUUGAUGAUGACGUAUAUAGGGCCUUUUGCUUAUAUGAAAUA